GAAGAAGAAGAUGUAAGUGAGAAAGGAAGAAGUCAUGACAAGAAUGUUAAAGAUGCAGUAGACGACGAUGGAAGAGUGGAUGAAGAAGGUGAGGGUGCAAGAGUAGAAGAAGCAAGUCGGAAAGGCAAAAAUAAUGAGAAGACUGAUAAUGAUGCUUGGGGAGAUGUGAACACCCAAUUUGUGAAUGAAAUGAUCACAAGUGUGGAUGAAAUAGAAAAACAAAUGCUAGCUAAAGCGAGCACAACUGCUGACAUCAAUGCGAAAGCGCAUAUGGAAAAAGGAGUUGAAGAGAGUGAGAUGAGGGAAAGCAGAACAAAGCAUAAAGAAGUGGAAAAGGAUGUAAGUAUAUUUUGGAAAAAGUUCAA